AUGGUGUCCGAAAGCCACCCCUCCAAAUCAGAUGCCGUCGUCGUUAUUGGUGCUGGUGUGUUUGGCCUCUCAACGGCCCUGGAGCUUACCACGCGAGGGUACACCAACGUCACCGUCCUGGAUCGUUACCUGCCCCCCGCGGUAGAUGGGAGCAGCGUUGACAUUUCCCGCAUCAUCAGAUUCGACUACGGAGACGCUUUCUACAGCAAGUUGGCCAGGGAGGCCGUCCAACUCUGGGCCACCGAGUACCCCGACCACUACCACCAAGCCGGAUUUCUCAUGCUCAAUGAGAAGGGGGGGUUUGAGUACACGGCCAAGUCAAAGCAGGUCGAUGAGCAGCUGGGCAAAACCAUCGAGGAGUAUGCUGAUGCCACUCGGAUGCGCUCGAUACGCCCGGGCAUACCCGGCAAGCUGGAAGGAAUGAGCGCCUAUUACAACCCAAAAGGGGGAUGGGCAGACGCAGCUUCGAGUAUUGCGCAGCUAGCCGCUCGCUGCAGCCUCGCGGGUGUCUCAUUUGUUACCGGCGCAAGAGGCACCGCCGCGUCUCUGGUGUAUCAGGAGUCCAGGGUUGUCGGGGUCAAGGUUGUGCGAGGCCCUCCGAUUCGGGCAUCUCUCGUCAUCCUCGCCACGGGAGCAUGGACAAACCACCUGCUGCCCGUGGGACACGCCAGCUCGGCGUCAGCGCAGCCCGUUGGGUUUAUCCAGUUGACAGAAGGAGAAGCCGCGCGCUUGAGAAACAUGCCCGUCAUGAUCAAUUCCAAUAAGGGGGUGUUUGUUUUCCCGCCCACUCCCGGCUCGAAUAUCCUCAAGGUGGCUCGCCACGGUUGGGGAUAUGCCACUGAGGAGAGGGUUGACGAUGGACAUUCGCCAGCGAGGGUCGUUUCGUGCCCGCGGCGCGACGGCAACAACGCACGUAGUUCCUAUAUGCCGGAGGAUGCGCAACAAGGACUGAGGGAUGGACUGAGAGACCUUGUUCCGGAAUUUGCUGAGCGGCCUUGGUCCCGGCUGCGCCUCUGCUGGUAUUCGGAUACGCCCGAAGGGGAUUUCAUUGCCGAUAAACAUCCUCAUGUUCAAGGACUCUUUAUUGCUACAGGUGGUUCAGGACAUGGUUUCAAAUUUCUUCCUGUUCUUGGCAAGUAUAUUGUAGAUUGUUUGGAGAAUAAAGCAGGCAAAGAAUUAAGAUGGAAGUGGAGGUAUAGACUGCCUUCCGGGGCAGACGAUAUAGUCAAAAUAGGAGAUGGAAGUAGAGGAGGGCCGCCUUUGAGACUUCUCACUGCCGAAGAACAAGCCAAACUAUAG